UACAGAGGAUGUCGCAUUUCUCCAGCGAGGACGAGGCGAUGCUGCAGGCCAUGCUGAGGCAGUUGUUCCUGAGCGUGAAGGAGAAAAUCACGGGUGCUCCGUCCCUGGAGUGCGCCGAGGACAUCCUUUUACAUCUGGAGGAAACUGAUGAAAAUUUUCACAACUAUGAAUUUGUGAAAUACCUUAGACAGCACAUAUGCAACACUCUGGGAUCAAUGAUUGAGGAAGAAAUGGAAAAAUGCAUAUCCGAUCAGAAUCAAGGUGAUGUAUCUGGGUAUGACACAGUUGUACAGCAUGUGACCAAGAGGACUCAGGAAUCUCAAGAAUACAAAGAAAUGAUGCAUUCCCUGAAGAACAUUAUGAUGAUAGUGGUGGAGUCAAUGAUGAACAAGUUCGAAGAUGAUGAGAUACGAAGCCAAGAAAGGCAGAGAAAAAUCCCGAAGGAGAAGAGCAAUAGUUACUGCACAGACAAUUGCUCUGACAGUGAUUCGUCCUUUAAUCAGAGUUACAAGUUUUGCCCGGGAAAAUUGCAGUUGAUUUUAGACCAAUUGGAUCCUGGGCAACCUAAAGAGGUGAGAUAUGAAGCCUUGCAGACCUUGUGUUCAGCUCCUCCAUCUGAUGUCCUGAAUUGUGAUAAUUGGACUUCUCUCUGUGAAAGACUGAAAGUGGCUCUAUCAGAUCCUGACCCAGUGUUUAGUGACCGUAUUUUGAAAUUCUAUGCACAGACAUUUACGCUUUCACCAUUAUAUAUGACCAAGGAGAUUUAUGCAAGUUUAGCUAAAUAUUUGGAAAUAUAUUUUCUUUCUGGAGAAAACCAUAUUCCUAGUCUUUCAGCUGGUGUAGAUAUAACUAAUCCCAAUGUGAUCCGCGUACUUAAAAAGGUUCGUCUUCUAAAUGAGUAUCAGAGAGAGGUUCCAUCUUUCUGGAUACGUCACCCAGAGAAGUAUAUGGAAGAAAUUGUGGAGAAUACUUUGUCUUUGCUAUCAGUUAAACAUGAUCAAAGCCAUCUUAUUUCACAGACGAUUUUAGAUCCAAUCUACUUUUUUGCAUUGGUCGACACCAAAGCUGUGUGGUUCAAAAAGUGGAUGCAUGCUCAUUAUAGCAGAUCUACAGUACUGAGGCUCCUUGAAAAGAAAUAUAAGUCUCUGAUAACUUCAGCUGUGCAGCAGUGUGUUCAGUAUUUUCAAUUGUGUCAGACCAUGAGAACUGAUGAAUUUUUGGAACAUUCAAAGCACUGUGGAACCAGACAGAAAACUUUCUACUACUCAGGACAAGAAUUGCAAUAUAUUUAUUUUAUCCACUCACUUUGUCUGUUAGGAAGAUUACUGAUUUAUACACAAGGCAGAAAACUCUUUCCUGUAAAGCUGAAGAAUAGAAAAGAUUCAGUGUCCCUUACAGAUCUUCUGGUACUGUUUAUUCAGCUUAUUUAUUACUCACCAAGUUACCCAAAGAUAGCACCAGCUUCAGAAUUAGAAGAUUAUUCUCCUGCCAAUAUGGUGACUGAUAUUCUGCAAAUACUGUGCGAUCAGAAAGAGUGUGCUAUUGAAUGCUUAUAUAACAAUACCGUGAUUGAGGCACUUCUUCAGCCUGUUCAUAAUUUAAUGAAAGGAACAGAGGUUGCUCCAAAUUGUUCUAAAACAGCUUUAACUCAUAUAGCUGAUAUCUUGGCAAGAAUUGCAUCUGUGGAAGAAGGACUUGUUUUACUUCUUUAUGGUGAAAAUAUGAACUCUUCUGAAGAAAACCGUCUUACAGGUGCUCACGUAAUUGCCCAGUUUUCAAAAAAACUUCUUGAUGAAGACACAUCUAUUUUUUCUGGAUCUGAUAUGUUGCCUGUGGUCAAAGGUGCUUUCAUUUCUGUGUGUCGUCAUAUAUAUGGAACCUGUGAAGGCCUACAAGUGUUAAUUCCUUAUGGUUUGCAUGAAUCUAUAGCAAAGGCAUGGAAGAAGACAAGUUUUCUGUCAGAAAGAAUUCCUACUCCAGUGGAAGGUUCUGAUUCUGUUUCUUCAGUAAGUCAAGACUCCCAAAACAGUAUGGUUUGGGAAGAGAAUUUGUUAGAUGACUUACUAAAUUUUGCUGCCACUCCCAAAGGAUUACUUCUUCUUCAGAGAACAGGUGCCAUCAAUGAAUGUGUGACAUUUAUGUUCAACCAGUAUGCAAAAAAUUUACAGAUCAACAGGCAUGAAAGAUUUGACUAUGGAGUUUUGGUUACACAAGUGGCAUCAACAGCAACAGGUGCAGUAGCGCUGCAAAAUUCAGGGUUUAUUAAUGCACUUAUAACUGAAUUAUGGUCCAGUCUGGAAUGUGGAAGAGAUGACAUUAGAUUAACCCAUCCCAGGUCUACUCCAGUGGAUCCUAUUGACCGAAGCUGUCAAAAGUCUUUUUUAGCACUAGUGAGCUUGCUAUCCUAUCCUGCUGUGUAUGAAUUGGUUGGCAACAAAGAUCUUCCUAAUAAAGCAGAAUAUUCUCUUCGUGAAGUACCAACAUGUAUUGUUGAUAUUAUUGAUAGAGUGACAAUAUUAAAUUCUGAAGCUAAGAUUCGCUCUCUCUUCAACUACGAGCAGUCACACAUCUUUGGUUUAAGGUUAUUAAAUGUAGUGUGCUGUAAUCUGGACACUCUUCUUUUAUUAGAGGCUCAGUAUCAGGUAUCUAAAAUAUUACUAAAUGCACAGGAAGAAAAUAUUGUACAGACUUCCGAGAGCCACAGAGAUUUUAUCAUUGAUGGAUUGUCAGUAGAGAGAAAUCAUGUCCUUGUCAGAAUAAGCCUUGUUGGUGGGCCACUGGAACGAAUUUUGCCUCCAAGAACACUGGAGAAGGGAGACAAUCCAUAUCCAUGGCCAAUGUUUUCAUCAUAUCCUUUGCCAAGCUGUUACCAGUCAGAAACAACAAGGAAUGCCAACAUCAAACCAGAUGAUGAUGUUGACAAGCUUUUACUAUGCUUCGAAAUGUCUGAUAAGCAAACUGAGUCGUUUGAAAACUGCCGAAGACAAUUCUGCAAAGUGAUGAAGGCCAAACCUGACCUGCUCAUUGGAGAAGUGUUAGUAGAAUUACUUGGAAAAUUUGUGCUUCAUCUCACUGAAAGCCCAUCAGAAUGUUACUUCCCCUCAGUGGAAUAUACAGUUGCUGAUGUAAUUGUGAAGAGCGAGAAUCUUUCAUCUGUACAGCAGCUGGGCAUUAAAAUGACUGUCAGGUAUGGCAAGUUCCUCAACCUGUUAAAAGAUGGUGCAGAAAAUGAUCUCGCUUGGGUGUUAAAACACAGUGAGAAAUUCCUGAAACAGCAGCAACCUCCUUAACUACAAGGUUCAGUCUGCCUGCAAGGGAGUUACGCUGGCCAUGAUUGGUUUGUGUCUUCUCUCUUCAUGAUAAUGCUGGGUGACAAAGAGAAAACAGUUCAGUUUCUUCAGCAGUUUUCCAGAGUUCUGACAUCGGCUUUCCUUUGGUUGCCAAGACUCCAUGUUUCUAGGUAUCUACCUACUGAAACUGUAGAAUCUGGUAUCCACCCAGUAUAUUUUUGCAGCACUCACUAUAUUGAAAUGCUGCUGAAGGCUGAAGUACCACUUGUGUUUUCAGCAUUUCACAUGUCUGGUUUUGCACCAUCCCAGAUUUGUCUGCAAUGGAUAAGUCAGUGCUUUUGGAAUUAUUUAGAUUGGAUAGAAAUCUGCCAUUAUAUUACUACAUGUGUUAUUCUUGGUCCUGAUUAUCAAGUGUAUAUCUGUAUAGCUAUAUUCAAACAUUUACAACAAGACAUUCUACAGCAUACUCAGACUCAAGAUUUGCAAGUUUUCCUAAAAGAAGAAGCACUGCAUGGUUUUCGAGUGAGUGAUUAUUUUGAAUACAUGGAAAUUUUGGAACAAAACUACCGGCCAGUGCUGCUACGAGACAUGCGGGACAUCAGAGUGCUGAGUGUAUAGAUCAGAAUGCCCACAGUUUAAUAUCAUCUUGAAUUUACUCUUAAAGGAAACAGGAGGACUUGGUUGUUUUCUGUCUAGCAGCAGGUUUUAUUUACAUGUAUGUCAGUACUGAGAUCUUCUAAAUAUAAUAAUAUAUUCAAGUAGUUGUGAACUCAAUUUGUGACAUGAAUUCAGUUUUGUAAGUUUCAUUGUUUUUACGGUUGUUUUAGAGUCAGAUUAAGCUAUUUGUAGAUUUUAUGUAAGAGUUCCCAUCUACAACUCCUUCUUUACCAAAUAAUCAAAAUAUUUUC